AUGAAGUCUCAGGCCUUCUGGCUCCUUGUGGGGAUGGUCACAUCCACGGCUGAGCGAGGGAGGGGAGCUGCCAAGGGAGCAAGCCCAGACCCCUUCCGGUCUCAGGAGCCGGUCCCAGGGAAAGCUGGCCGGUGCCCAGCGGGAAGCGCCCAGGAGCCCCUGCCCUCCAGGCUCUACUGCCUCUCAGACGCUUCGUGCCCGGGGGGCAAGAAGUGCUGCAGCCUGGGCCGAAUGAGGAUCUGCACACAGCCUGCGCUGGUAAACCCCGGCUACUGCCCCACUGCCUGCCCCACGGCCCUGGAGCCCUGCCGGGUGUCCUGCCUGGAUGAUGUCGCCUGUGGUCCCGGGGAGAAAUGCUGCCUCCAGGACUGCCAGCUGCGGUGCGUGGUGGCAGAGCGAGUCCGACCGGGCCUCUGCCCGAGGAGGAGGGUGCUGCCCACCGGGACCCCCUGCCCAAACCGAUGUGAGGAUGACAGAGGCUGCCCCCCAGGCCAGAAAUGCUGCUUCACCGGCUGCGGCUUGGAGUGCCUGCGACCCAGAGCAGAAGAUCCUGCGGUUUGCACAGACCCACCGACAGCAAAAUGCCAAGAUCGCUGUAGAGACGACUCCGAUUGUGCAAAGGAGGAGAAGUGCCGCCCCACGGCUUGUGGCUUCCAGUGCCAAGGGCCUCCUCCAGGAAAGCCUGGAGUGUGUCCCUUGCUGUUGCGGGGGUCUCUGGGACCAUGCGUGGGAAAGACGCUGAGAAACUGCACUCAUGACUUUGACUGCGAGGAAGCCAAGAAGUGCUGUUCAAACGGCUGCAGGAUGGUCUGCAAGGAGCCAGGGGAAGAUAACAUUGUCCUCCGUGCAAAGGGACAGCAAGUGGAGCAACAGACCCCAGAACCACCAACGAACGACCCUUCUGGGCAGAAGCAACAGGGGAAAACUGGUCCCCCCACAAAUGGCCAGUGCCCACCUACAAUUCUAAUUAAUGCCACCGAGGUCUACUGUUCAGUGAAUAGACGCUGCCCAGGGGAUGAAAAAUGCUGCCAAAUUGGGAAUACGGUGAAAUGCGUCUACCCAAAAGGAGUCAAUCAUGGGUACUGCCCCAGGCCGCAAGAUCAGGCCAUCUACAAGAAGCCCUGUGUAGGAGACCACCAGUGUGGAUGGCACGAGAAAUGCUGCAGGACCGGCGGCCAGAAGAAGUGCGUUGCGGCUGUGCCAGCUGCCCCCGGCCUUUGCCCCAAGAGGCGCCUUCCUCUGGGCUACACGCCCUGCAGAGACCAGUGCAACGAUGACCGCAGGUGCAGCUCUGGGAAGAAGUGCUGCUUCCACGAGUGUGGCCUGAAGUGUGUGGACCCUGAAAGACCCCACCAGGAAGAUCAGGACCAGGAACAAGAUCAGGAGCAGAACCAGGAUCAGAAGACAGGGAAAGAUGGAGGAGACACGAAGUUUCCCGGGGAGUCCAAGGGCGAAUGUGACAGAGACCGAGAUUGUCCCCCCCGGAAGAAGUGCUGCGCAGGAACCUGCAGGCGGGAAUGCCAGCCACAAGGUAUCUGCCAGCUGCCGCAGAAGAAAGGCCCUUGCAAGGCGUAUAUGUCUCGCUGGUUCUACAACAGGCACAAGGGGAAAUGCGAACAUUUCAUCUAUGGAGGCUGCCCAGGGAACGCCAACAAUUUCAAGACUCUGCAAGAAUGUGACCUCCGCUGUGUCCUUCCAGAUAUCAACAAGCCUGGCACGUGUCCCACCCCACUUCCUGCUGAGGAUGCUGUUUCUUGUCGCAAAUACUGCUCCAACGAUGCCAGCUGCCCGGGCAGUGAGCGCUGCUGUGCCACUCCCUGUGGGAGGCAGGAAUGUGAAAUCCCACGAGAAAAUCUCCCAGGAUACUGCCCAGUGCUGCUCCUCCCGCCCAGCACGGGGGAUGUUUGCUUCCCCAACUGCACCAACGACUUGGACUGUAACCACGGUGUUAAUUUUCCUUGGAAGAAGUGCUGCAUCUUUGACGGCAGGAAGAUAUGCGUGGAUGCUGUAGAAGAACACCCCGGCGUGUGUCCCAGGAGGGUCGAAGUGCAGACCUUGGUUCCCUGCAACAACACCUGCAAUGAUGACCACGACUGCCACCUGACCGAGAAGUGCUGCUUCACCGGCUGCAGCCGAGGCUGCCUGCCCUCAGAUCCUGUAGGGACUCUCCAGCUGGGUGUAAAGGAGCCAGCACCCCACACACCUGCUGCCGUCAGCAGUGAUACCCUGACCAGCUCUGCAGCAGCAGCGGUGAUGACUCACCCGGUCUGGGCAUUGCUGCUCGUGAUGACAGGUGCGCAGGGUGCUGGCCUCUGUACACCUGACCAGACCCAGAGUAGAAGCCAGAGUGGGCCCAGCAUGGGAGGCAGCAGCAAGACUCUCCCUGGCUCAGCCCCAGGGCGUUUCAGUGCACUGGAGGUCACAGAAGCAGUGGCAUCUGGGGCUCAAUGGCCCCCGCCGCUGCCUGUCAUCCCCAUGCCCAACAUUGCCCUAGCAACUGCCCUACUCUCUGCCCAUCUUACACCACACCCCAAAGACUCUGCAUUCACCCCUGCCCACCACCAGUUGCAUUGGCAGCCAAUCAUGCACUGCAUUCCCGAGGGUCCCUUCUGA